UCAAGUCACUCAUAUGAUAGCAUCUCUUGUUGAUUAAUUAUAAAAACUUAUAGGAAAAUAUUCGAAGUGUUAUGUGUUAUAAAUCAGUGACAACAUGGAAAUGCCAAUGAUGAACAAUGGGAAACAUACGAUAGUUAAAAAUCCGACAUGGUGGAAGCGUCGGUCAGCUUUGGAACGUGGGCUAACGGUGAUAGCAGUUUCCGGAGUCCUCGUGUGUAUUGCCCUGGCAAUAAGUAUUGGCGUGGUAGUCACGAAUUCCAGGUCGUGCGAUACAGCAACAACCACUGGCACAGGUGAGCAACAGCACCAGCAUUAUUCCCGUGGCAUUUGCCCGAGCUCCCUUUGUCGCCAACGGUACAACAACACACCACCAUCUACUCUGAGUACAAAAGAUGUAUGCUAUACUCCAGAAUGUAUUCAUGUUGCGUCAAAAAUUUUAAAUAAUAUGAAUCCAAAUAUCGAUCCUUGCGAUGACUUUUAUAAAUUUGCUUGUGGUGGAUUCAUCAAUACUACGAGAAUUCAAGAUGAAAAAAUUAUUGUUGACAAUUUUAGUAUAACCAAUAGUAAAAUUCUCGAACAGUUACGAACUACUAUUGAGGAAAAAGAUUUUCAUAACGAGAUUAGACCCUUUAAACUUGUCAAAGAAUUAUACAGCAUUUGUAUGAAUAAAACUGCCAUAGAAGAACAAGGACUUAAUCCUGUUUUAAGGAUCUUAAAAGAUGUUGGUGGAUAUCCAGUUCUCGAGGGAGAUUCAUGGAAUGAGGAUGACUUCCAUUGGAUGGAAUUGAUCUAUAAGCUACGAGAUAUCGGUUACUCUUAUAAUUAUUUGCUAGAAUUUAGUAUUGGUGUUGAUCUUAAGAAUAGUUCAAAAAAAAUGUUUGGCUUAGAUCAAACACCACUUGGAUUAUCACGAGAAUAUUUAAUGAAAGGAUUAGACGAUAAAAUUGUAAAGGCAUACUAUAAUUAUAUGGUAGAUGUAGCAAUUAUCCUUGGUGCUGAACGAGAACGAGCUAAAACAGAACUUAUGGAGUCACUUUUAUUUGAAAUAAACCUAGCUAACAUUUCAGUGUCUGGUGAACACCGUCGUAAUGCUUCUAUGUUUUACAAUCCCAUGACGAUAGCAGAAUUGUUAACGAGGUAUCCAUCCGUACCUUGGAAAGAUUACUUCAACCGAAUCCUAAGGCCAAUCAUUGAAGUAGAUGAGAAUGAAAUCAUUAAUGUUAAAGCUCCUAAUUUUUUUAAAAAUUUUGAAGAUUUAAUUAUUAUUACUCCAAAAAGAACCAUUGCUAAUUAUAUUAUGCAACGGGUUGCAGCAGGAUCAGUUAGUUUUUUAAAUGAUGAAAUUCGCAAAAAACAACUGCAAUUUUCCAGAGUUGUUACUGGAAAAACGGAAAGAGAGCCUAGAUGGAUGGAAUGUAUAAGUAUUGUUUCGGGUCGUUUGUCACUAAGUGUUGGGGCCUUGUAUGUAAAGAAAUAUUUUAAUGAAAAUGCUAAGAAAAAUGCUGUGGAGAUGGUCCGUGACAUUAAACAACAGUUUAGUAAAAUGUUGGAAACGGUCGAUUGGAUGGAUAAAAAGACUCGUAAACAUGCUAUAUUAAAAGCUGCAACAAUGACAACUCAUAUUGCGUAUCCUGAUGAAUUAUUGAAUGAUACAAAAUUGGAAGAUUUUUAUAAAAACCUUGAAUUCAGCAAAGGUGAUUUUUUGGGUUCCAUGUUGAAUUUGACGAUAUUCGGUCGAAAUUAUUCUUUCAGUAAUUUCAGAAAACCUAUCAAUAAAAGUGAUUGGAUAACUCAUGGACGGCCAGCUAUUGUUAAUGCAUUCUAUUCUUUUAGUGAAAACAGCAUUCAAUUCCCAGCUGGUAUUCUACAGGGUGUUUUUUUUAGUAAUGAUAGACCGAGGUAUAUGAAUUAUGGAGCAAUAGGAUUUGUUAUCGGUCAUGAAAUAACCCAUGGUUUUGAUGAUCGAGGACGACAAUUUGACAUGAGAGGUAAUUUAGUAGAUUGGUGGGCACCUGCGACAAAAGAGAAGUAUUUAGAGAAAGCAAAGUGUAUUGUUAAUCAAUAUGGAAACUUUACUGUAAGAGAAGUUGGAUUAAAUUUAAAUGGAAUAAAUACUCAAGGAGAAAAUAUUGCGGAUAAUGGAGGCAUCAAAGAAGCUUACUUAGCAUAUAAAGAAUGGUCGAAACGUAACAAACCCGAACCUCGACUUCCAGGACUUGAUUAUUCACCAAGGCAAAUGUUUUGGAUAAGUGCUGCCAACAUGUGGUGUUCAGUUACUCGACCAGAAACUUUAAAACUUCGUAUCACAACUGGAUUCCAUAGUCCAAGUGAAUUUCGUAUUCUUGGACCUCUUUCCAAUAUGCCAGAAUUUGCAGAAGAUUUUCAAUGUCCUAUUGGAUCAAGAAUGAAUCCUCAUAAAAAAUGUCGAAUAUGGUAAAAAUAAAUUAUUGUUCCUACUCUUACAUAAAAUUAUUUUUAAAAAA